CUUCUUUCAAAAACAAGCGUAGCAACCUAUACUCAAAGAUGCUCUCCAAAAUGGUGUGCAUCAUUUUCUCUUGUUCUCGUCAAAAUCGACGAAGUAGAUGUAGAGUUUUACAAUCUGUUUUUUUUCCUCCUCUAAAUCAAAGAAAGAAGUUGGUGCCGUACAGCAGCACAGCUUCUAGAUGACGUUACCUGCCCCGCCAUCAUCUGCAAAUGUCCCACUGUAUGUAGCUACAAGUUCUGCUGCCGACCCUCAAUCCUACUGCUAAUGCUGUACCGCGGUCCUGACCUCCGUCCACACUCCACAGCGACCGCAUAUCAAAAAGUCAUUGGAAUACACACACACACACACACACACACACACACAGCGACCGCAUAUCAAAAAGUCAUUGGAAUACACACACACACACACACACACACACACACACACACAGUCUUGCGUUUUUUUGGAGUUAUGUAUACCGAACGUGGCAACACAGACGCACACACGCACAGAGGUGGAUGGAUGGAUAUCCUCCUUCAUCCAUAGCAAUUGCGAGGACCCCGCAAGAGAGUGGAGGAGCGGUCGGCAAAAGCGGGCAGGUAUCAGAGGAGGUUUAUGCAGACCUAUCAGCUAGCAAACCAGGAAACGAUCCGUUGAAAUUUUGGAGCGAUACGGAGCAGAUUAGCAUGGCCCCUGCGCAAGGAUGACACGCAGAGAGCGAGAAGAAGCGUACUGUAGCCAACCUCUUUCUUGAUCUCCAUGUCGCAGGCCACAUACUCGUACGCACUAGGACUGUUUUUUGUUGACUGAACAUGGCGGCAAAUACGGUCAUAUGCCUUUUUAACUCCCAGUCCGCACCAGAGUUUGCCGCAAGUUAGGUGCCAUAUCAAAUCCUCAGGUCAUACUUACCACACCAAGACUUCUUCGCAACGGACUGAGCCUGGCUGUGAUUGCGGGUAUAUGCAUCACUACGAAAUCGAGUGCUAGCGUGAGUAUGCCCUCACCUACCUUCAGUUCACCAGCUUCUACGGACAUGAGUGAGUGGGGGUGCACAUGCGCAUCCCAAAAUCCCAGCCAAAUUGAAUAUCCUCCCAAGACGACGAUGGGCCCAUGUCUUACUAGAUUUGGACUGAUGUGGCCAUUCUCCUCACAGCUCAGAGGAUUGCCAGGUACAAGCAGUGUCCCUAUUUUCAAUUGGAUCUGGCGGGGGGCAUUGCCCCUGUUCCGGAUGGGCGGGAAAAUCUGGCGGGUUGUAGAGGAAAAAUUGGCGGGGGGUAUUGCCCUUGUUCCAGAUGGGCGGGAAAAUCUGGCGGGCUGUAGAGGCAAAUGAUCAUAAACUACGGUAAUACUUUAGCAAUAUUUGGGAGGAAGAAGAUAGCGGCGGCGUCGGGGGAGGGGGGGGAGAAGUAUUGGGCUAGAUGCAGAGAAUCGAUGUUAACGCUCGCGCGCAGCGUCCAGGGGCCUCGCCGCACUACACUGAACAAAUGGGAAAAAAAGCGAGUGCAUUUCCUCGCAGAAGAUGAAGAUACUAUUCAUAUUAAGGUAUGUAUCUUGCCAGCUUCUGUGGGAAGAUGCGUUCGCCUUUUUUUUUGUUCCGUGAGUGGUGUGGCGAGGCCCUAUGCUGUGUCUCCGAUGACGAGGAGCGAUAAACUCACAGAAGCAGCAGAGCCACUCGAUGGACAGGAAGGGAGAAGCGGGGGGAAAGGGAAGAUGGGAGGACAGCAGAUAAGCCGUGCCCACACUUGACGCACAAUAGGAGGAGAGAAUGAAGCAGCGACAGGGGGAGGGGGGAGGGGAGUGGGAAGGGAGGGACUGGACACAGAAAUGGGGGCGUGGAUAUCGGGAGAGUCAGGGGUUGGCCAGUCAGCACUUGCAGCAGUGGGAUAUCAUGAUGGCGGAAGGAACAACAACGGGAGGGGGGGAGGGGAGGGGGGAGAGAAGUGGGCAAGGAGGGAGUGGACAAAGAGGGGGGCGUGGCAAUCCGGAGAGUAAGGGGUUAGCCAGUCAGGACUUGCAGCAGUCGGAUAUCAUGAUGCCGGGAGGAACAACACCAGGAAACAACACGUGGAGGGCUGGCAGGGGAAUUGGUAGAGGUAUGACGUCGGGGAAGGGUGGAGGCAUGGGAGGAGGGGCGGGUAGAGGGACCGGGGGGGGAAUGAGGGGAAGGGCAGGCAGAGGGAUGGGCGCAGGGAUGGGUGCGAGGAUGGGAAGGGGAACUACAGGGAUCAUCGGGGGAAUGAUCCUCGGGAGAGCAGGUAAGGGCAGGAUAGCGGGUUUGGGAUCGGAAUCAGCCAUGAGGGCGAGGGAACGCUACAGGCUCUGGCCGGACGGGACAACAGAGACACACCGGCAAUCAGUGAUCUCCUCCUGCGUCGCCCUAGCUGGUGGUGAAGUUCCUGAUCUUCCUCCAAUAUUCUACUCUCUUCCUCCAGCUCUUUUGCGGCUACGUCAUGCUGCUGCUAUAGAAACGAAAUUUGGAAGAACAACAGGGCUUCCUACUUCGUCCGUCUAAUGUUCUCUAUAGAUUAGCCUGUGUCACCACCACCUAUCUUUUAACAGAGAAGAAGAGGAUCAUGGCGUUGGCGUCUCACGUGUACACUCCUAGCAGUGGCUGGGGAGGACCUUACACGGCAGGCAUAUCGUCGACUGCAAGGUUGCACGUCACCGUUCGAAAGCGCGGCAGAUGAAUGCUGGCGGACAGAUCAUCGGCUCGAUCCCGCGGCUGCAAAUGGUCUUUAGCCGUAGCUUAGAUUCCAGGGACACCUUGCGCGGAGGAUGGCGGACAUGACGGCGCACGGGGGUGAAUGACUCCUGAAGUGUCGAUUAGCAAUUUCCUCUUUCUGGGCAGCUGGCGAGGGCGAGCAUAAGGGUGAGAGCGACGACUCCAGGGAAAGGAGCGAUGACGUGCUUGCCCGGAAGCCCGCACCACGCCUGCCUGCCUGCCCGGAAGCCUGCCUGCUUGGCCGGAUUCUCGCUCCGGCCUGUCUGCUUGCUCGGAGGCUACCAAAAGCUUGCCUGCCUCCUGCCCGGGAGGCUAGCACAAGCCUGCCUGCCGCCUUGCCGGGCCGUCUGGCCCAGCCAGGCUGUCCACCCGCACCUUUACCCCAAGCUCACUCCAUGGAUUUCGCGGUGCCCGCCAGCACCUUCUCUCUCUCUCUCUCUCUCUCUCUCUCUCUCUCUCUCUCUCUCUCAGUGAGGUAGAAGGGUAAUCGCGACGGUGUCGCAUGCCAUGGACAGGACGUGUAUGCUGCGAAAGUAAAACCUCGCACGUGUU